AUGGACAAUGCGUCCAAUCUGAACGGAUUGUACCUCAGUGGUCCCGAAGCCCCUUGUACUAAAGGAGUCAACUGGUUUACUUGCCGGGGCUAUAGCUACUCACUAAAACGCACAGAAAUGAAAGUAAAAACAAAGGCAUAAGCGGUGUCUAUGCUAGAGUGAACGACAUGGAAACAUUUUGAAAUUUGAGCUUGCGCCAAACCUACCUCAGCAAGUAAAUACGUCUAUAAGAUGACGCCAUUAAAUUGAAUUUUCUUCAACAGUUUUAUCGAAAUUCAUACCGAUGAACUAGUGUUUAAGUACAUCCCAUAGUUCACGUUAUCAUAAUCUUAGUCCUAAAAGUCCUCUUGUGAAAUCAAUUACUUUUCCGAACUUUCUAGAACGUUGGCGCACCGCAGAAAUAGAUAUACUAAUUGUAGCAGAGGACAAAAUCACAAACGAUCAAUUCAAAGUAUGCACGCUACAUUAAGAAAACAAUAUUCUCGACUACUUUUCAAUGCAUUCAUAACAGAGACAAAAUUUGUCGGUAAAGCAUUACAAUAGAGCCAGCCUUUUGGCCUUAACAGAAUAACCAUUGAACCUGUAGGGCCUCAAAGGAAGGUUUCCUUCAGCUUCUUGCAGUUCAUCCCAGAUUCGAUGAACUGUUUUCAGUUAUGAGUCAUGUUUCUUUUCGUGGUUUUGGAGAGGCUUUCGCAGAGUGGCCUCUCGGAUGUGGGUAGGAGGAUUAUGAUUUUAUUUUUCCACACAACCUGUUAUUUCCAUGGAUCGAGUUAAGGCGACGAUAAUUUCUUAUUUAUGCCAAGAUAAGAACCGGUUUCAGAUUUUUAGUUCCAUUUAAAUGAUGGCAACUUUUUGCCAAAGAUUAUCAAUCUAUAUUCAACAAGUAUGCUGUUUAUAUAUAUAUCUCAAUCUAAUAUAUAUAAUAUCUAUAUAUAUAAUAUCUAAUCUAAUAUAUAUACAUCUCAAUCUAAUCUCUCAUGAUGACGAUACAACUUCGGUCCAAAUGAGGAUGGUGAUUACUUGUGUGAGCUGAGUGAUUCUGAUGGUGUUAGAGAUCUAGAUGACUUCCGGGCACGGCGAGACUUCCUUUAUCGCGCAACAAAGGUAUCAUGGGGUGGGAAUGUGGUCAAAAGCAUAACAUGAAAGUAGAAAAAUUGCUUUUUGAUAGGGAAAAUUUCUUGAUGUUUGGGCCACAAAAUUUUGGCUCAAAACGUCGUAAAGCUCGGAAAACCUCUUGACAGCGAUGGAAAUUGCAUGUAUUAGCUUAGGUUCUGAUUUUACAUCAAGAAAUUUCGCUAAAGCUGUAUUUUGUCGUUGCCUGCUUCAAGUUGUGAAACUUGCUUAAAAAAGUGAAUUAUGGUCAUAUUAAAGCGCGUGGAGAGCCGAUUGGGCAAGGUUAAUAUAAGAUAAAUGAGUGUAAUAAGUUUGGCAUUGCCUGCUACAUAAUCCUGUGAUCACUUCCUUCUUCGGUUUUCAAAGAGAGUUUUUUCGACUAGCUUUAUAACAUUUUGAAUUAAUGAGUAACACAUUGAAAUUAAAACAUGGGAACAGUCCUGAUCAACUCAAAUCGGGUUGUAGGGGGAACAUCAACACUAAAUUUCAUUGACUCAACGGAUCAGUAAUCGAGGUAGGUUAAUAUUUUGUAGAUUAGGACGAGUGCACAGACGGAAACCAUGCCUGUCACGUGAUCACCAUAUGUAACAACACUGAAGGGUUAUACCGCUGCUGGUGCAAGAAUGAAUAUAAAGGCAAUAGGUUUCUAUGCGAAGGUGAUUAUUUAGAGUGUUUCUGCCAUUUAGAAUAUAAAGUAAUGUUUACUAUUAUUAUCUAGGUUUGUUACUUAUAACAAGAUACAGUAAUACUGGCAUACAGUAAGCCGACUGAUAAGCUUUCUUCGCUUUUCAUCUGUUUCUUUUGCUAAAUCAUCAUAACUUACUUAACGUCAUCACCGAUUAUAAAACUUUGGUUGAUAAUUGAUGAAGAAAAUAUGUUUAGCAUAUCUUGUUUUUUGUUUGUUUGUGUUUUUUUUAGAGCGGAAAAGCUGCGUCGAGUUUUUUCGAGAUGGCUGGAUGUCCAGUGGCGUACAUACCAUCAAUCCUGAUCCCGGCAGGCCAAUCCAAGUGUUGUGUGACAUAACAACGGACGAGUUCUGGCUUGGAACCGACAAUCUUCACCGUUUAAUAGCCGCUGAUGAAGUCAUACUUAGAGUUGACCUGAAAGACUUUGAAGGCAACGUCGCCUACGCUGAGUACGCGACUUUUAAGGUGGCAGAUGAGGCAACUAAGUAUCAGCUUUUGGUUGGAGGAUACAAUGGCUCGGCUGGUGACUCUAUGACUGCAAUGCUACAGCCAUUACAGUAA